AAAAGAAAAAAGAAAAAAAAAAAAAAAAGAGCCAAAAAUAAAAAUUUUCAUUCAGCCAAGCCAACGCAGCAGUAGUAAUAGCAAUAGCAGCAGCAGCCCCUGGAGUAUUUUUUUGUGUGAUAUAAAAAUAUAAUACCAGCGAAACACCAAACUUUUAGUGCCACAACACAAAAAGCGCAGAAAUAACAAUGGGACGUAAAAAGAUUAGAAUUCAGCCCAUCACAGACGAUCGAAACAGACAAGUGACCUUCUUGAAGCGAAAGCAUGGUUUGAUGAAGAAAGCUUAUGAAUUGAGUGUCCUAUGUAAUUGUGAAAUUGCAUUGAUUAUUCUCAACAAUUCCAACAAUAAACUUGUUCAAUAUGCAAGUCAUGAUAUUGAUAAAGUACUCAUGAGAUAUACUGAGUAUGAUGAGCCUUAUGAAAGUAAAUGUAACGAAGAUGUAAGUCAUAAUGAAAGCUUUUAACUAGAAAAAACAUGUUUAAAUCGAGUCUUACUCAUAUUUUUUAUGAACAAAAAAAAAUUUUUUUUUUUUUCUUUUUAUUU